GCCAGGGGAAGGGUAGCAACCAUCAGGAACAGAAAAAUAAAUAUUCAGUCUCAGUUGCCUUCCUGCGAGCAUUACAACCUGCAGCACAAAAGAGAUAAUGGCAGAUCCUUCAGUGGUGGAUCACCUGACACGACUGAAACUCAAACUUCUAGAAAAGAGACUAGAAAAUGAACAGGAGAACCUCGAGAAGAUGGAGUUGGAUCUCCCAGCUGCAAGGAACAGAGCUCAGGACAUGCUCCAAAGUGCCCUGAGGCAAAGGAGAGAUCUGCUGCAGGAGCUCAGGGAGCAGCACCUUCUGGAAGAGCUUUCACAGCUACCUGCACCAGCUGGGGGACAUGACCACAGAGCUGCCCUGCCACAAAUCUACCAGAUCCCUUUUCCAGCUUCCCAAGUGGAGCCACCAAGGAUUAUCCAGCAGACUAUGCCAGCUCAGCCUGCCACCAUCAUCCAGCAGCUGCCUCAUCCCUCCCCUGUGAUCACACAGAUCCCCCCAGCCCAGCCCUUGGCUGCCCCCCGCCCUGGGAGCAUUAAAGAAGAUAUGGUGGAGAUGAUGCUGAUGCAGAACGCUCAGAUGCACCAGAUCAUGAUGCAGAACAUGAUGCUGAAGGCUCUGCCACCAGCAAUGCUCACACAGCCUGGGGGAGCCAGCUCUGCCCUGCCCCAGCACACCCAGCAGGACCUGCCCGUGAGAGCAGCCAGGCUCAAGGCACCUGUGGUGCACCACCACCAC